AAAAGAAAAGAAGUCUCAAAAAUCAAAAAUCUCCAAACAGGCUGGGUUUAUGCCACUGAAUGUCCAUAAAGAAGAUAAAAAGAAAAAGAAAAAAUACAUGGGAACCUUGGGCGUGAAAGAGAUGUUAAAAAAGUUUGAGAAAGAGAAGGAAGCAUUGAAGAAACGAGAAGAUCAGAAGAGCUUGCCCACUUCUCAGACUAUGGUUGGCACUCUUCUUGAAACUGAUAACAGCUCAAUAAACAUUAAUGUUUCAGACCCUCUACUUUCACUUAUUGGAUCAGCUAAUGAGAGUGAUCUUCUGAAAGUGGCCAGCACUGUGGACUUAGAAAUAGACCUAGAACGUCUUCUGAAUGAAUCUCCUCCGGGCAGUCCUCUUAAUGAUUUUGAUGAUGGCAGUGAUCCUCUGCCUGUACUACAGUACUCAACAGCGGGUCAAACUCCAAAGCAAGUCCCCACAUUACCAGAAGGGCUUCCAGCACUACUAGAAAAGCGUAUUAAAGAGCUGACACAGGCUGCCAAAGCCUUAGAAGGAGAGGGGAAGCAGAAAUUCUUCACACAAGAUGUCAAUAAUAUUCUGCUUAAUAUUGAACUUCAGUCCCGUGAAUUGAAUAGUCAGGCCCGCUCUGGGGUUUACGCACACCUGGCAUCCUUCUUACCAUGUAGCAAGGAUACUCUGGUCAAAAGGGCAAAGAAGCUACACAUGAAUGAGCAGACUGGGGAAAAAUGGCUGGUAAAGACAGGUGAAUGCUUAAUGCAGGAUGGCCGGCUGAAGGAACCAAUACAUAAAUUAAAAGAAGCAAUUGGGAAAGCAAUGCCGAAUCAAAUAGCAAAGUAUCAAGAUGAUUGUCAAGCUCAUAGCCAAGCCAAGAUUGCCAA